ACAAAACAACAAAGUUCUAGGGUACAAUUUCAGAAAAGAAGUGAUAAAGUAUGUCGAACAGGACUCUGAAAGACUGGGAUAGCAUUGCGAAUAGCCUCACAAAGGACGAGAAAGCCGAUGGUGACGAAGAGGAAGAAAGGGACACCCUCGAGGCGUUGCAGGAGAAAAUGAGCCAAGUACCGCGCGGAAUGUUUGUCAGCGGAUGGGACGACCCAGAUGAUCUGAUCGAGGAAGAUAACGACCCGAAGGCUAGCCAUGAGAGACAUGCCCUGUGGGCCGCAGGAGAGAACAAAAUGGAUUUGCUGACAGCAAUCCUCAGCCUAAAGCCGUCUAUCGUCCAUGCAACUGAUCGCGAUGGCUACACGGUGCUACACAAGGCUUGCUACAACAAUAAUUUAGCAAUGGCGAAGAUCGCUCUACUGCAUGGGGCUGAUCCGAAUGCCCGCACUGACAUGGGGUGGACGCCGUUACAUUCGGCCUGUAAAUGGAAUAAUGCGACAUGUGCGGCGCUGAUGCUACAAUUCGGGGCUGAUGUAAAUGCACAAUCGGAUGGUGAUCAGACGCCUUUACACAUAGCAGUCACAGUAUCCAACUGUCGGCCAACAUUGGUGACGCUGCUGCUGAAUGAAAAGUGUGAUCCCGAGCGGCGCAAUAAUUCAAACGAGACAGCUCAAGUGAUAGCGAAGCGCACCGGACCGUUGUUUCCGAUCUUUGCCAUGGCACACUCGGCAUACACAGUAGAAACGGGUUUGAUUGAUUAGGAAGUAGCAGGAUUUACACCGUCAAUAUACAACCAGAUAUAGUAAGCGUUGUAACCACGUUGCUAUUUGGGACUUCUGCGCCGCCUGGUAAUUUUUAAUUCAUUAAGGAAAGGGCACAUACGAGAUAUAAUCACUAACAGAACAAAAAUUGCGUUUGUUCAGUGGAACCUAAAAAAUCCCCGAAUGGCUAGAAGCCAAAUAAAUCCCCGGCUCUGA